AUGAGCACCGACUUCGGACGCAAAGAUCUGUCUGACAAGAUCGAGGAGAAGAUCACCCCUCAGUCUGCCAAGGGCCCUAUCGAUGUCACCAAGGAGCAUGCCACUGGCCACGCCGACCACAUCGCUAGAGACCUCAAGACCGACGAGCACAAGUCCACCGGCCAGUCCAUGCACGACAAGGUCUCUCGCAUGACCAACGCCGACACCACCAGCGCCACCACCACUACUGGUGACCACAAGUCUGUCGUCGACAAGGUCAAGGAUGCCAUUCCCGGCCUCCACUCUGACAAGCGCUCUGACGCUGCUGAGGUCAUGGACCCCAACACCUCCACUACCACUUCCGACUACGUCAACAAGAACAUCUGA